AUGGGACGGGCUCUCUCCAACGUCUGGCUGGAGGUAGAAAGAAAAUUCGCUGCCCUCAAAUGCUAUCCUCUACGCGUUGACUCGGGAAAUCCACCGUUCUUGAGUCUGACUGACCUCGGAUCCCGGACAUUCCACGACACGUAUUUCGAUCUCAAUGACCAGCUUUGGAUGAAAGGGACUUGGUUAAGGCAAAGAGACGGCAAAUGGCAAAUGAAGAUCCGAAGAGGCGGCACAUACUUGAAUUCGCAGUCUGAAGAAGUCUCGGACUUGGAUAUCAUAUCUGCGCACAUCAAAUCAUUGACUGGUCGGGAAUACGGCCCAUCUCAAUUGUUUGGUUUAAGCCAUCUUGCCAGUUUCAGCACAUUUCGCCGUGCUUGGAUCGCAGAUUCGGCCUUCAAGAUCGUACUCGACCAAACAGAUUUUGGGCACACGGUUGGCGAGGUUGAGCUUGAGGCUCAAAUGGAUGUGCAAGGCGCAGAUGAAAUUCAGAUGGCGACCAAGGCAAUGGAUAAGAGAAUCGCCGCAUUCUUACAGCACUACGUGUGGGCGUUUUCGUCCGAAGCUCCUGUCGGAAAGCUGUCUGCCUAUUUUGCACAUCAGUCUCUGCAGAGGGCCUCGAUUUCUUCUUAG